UGUUUAGUUAGCUAGUUUUCGCAAUGAAAAUCGCACUGUUUGUUCUGCUACUUCACUUUUAUGCCGGUGUCGCCGACAAGUACGAGGAAAACGCAUUCCUGGAAGCCAGACUGAACUUUUUCCUGUCUUUUUACACCGAGUGCAUUUGCGCAACGGGAGUCGACCCGGCUGAGGCCAACAGUUGGUUGUACAUGGCCGAAUACUCAGUCGAUCCUUGUGCCGAGUGCUUCCUGAGGUGUAUGUACUUAAAAUCGUCCGUGAUGAAUCCCGACGGCACCAUCAACUUGCACACCAUAACUAAUAAGAUGCCUUAUGUGAACGUAACCGCCGUAAAUGAGUGCAUGGCUGGGAGCACCAGUUUGGAUUUAUGCCAGCGUUCUCACGAGUUUGGCAGUUGCUUUAUCGAGAUCGCGCUUAAGUACUACUCUUACCAUCAUUAAGUGUCAUUUUGUUGGCAAUAAUAGCAUAUUUCCAGGUAAUAUUCCUAUUUCUAA